AUGGCCGUCACACAGAGACAUGCCCUCUGGAAUCCCCACGAGGACAACAUAGCAAAGGCCUUCGAUCGCCUGUGGGCGCAACUCUGGGCUAUGCUUGCUGACCAGGCACUGAGACCAGCCACCGCAGACGCUUCACGGAGGCCUACUACAAUGCCCCAACCAAAGCCUGCACCACACCGCAAUACCAAACUUCCAACCGUGCUGAAAAGAAGGAAGAAGGUGAAGAGGGUACCCAGGCUUCAGGGACGCCACCCCGCCAGCAGCCGUCAGAUACCUGCGCCUCAGUUAACACGUGAAAGAUCUCCCACAAGCUGCAUACAGCCUCAGAUCCCCGUUCAGCAAGGUCGGUGGCGUGCAUGGAGACGAGCCUGGAGAUCUGCUCCUUGGGCUGGACACAGCCGGCUCUCACCGCAUCAAAAGAGGAGAACAUCAUUGCUUGGGGCCAGAGGGAUACCACCGUAG